UGCUACUUUCUCGGCUCUUAUCCCUGCGAGCGGGGAUGGAGACAGAAAGCUCGCGUCCCUCCCAACUCUUCUGAGAGAAGGGUACUGAGCUGUGAUUUGAAAGAUUGGUUCGCGACGAUUCCAAACCAGAAUUGUUAUAACGUCUAACGGGAAGAUUAUAGUCGGGGGGGAUAAACGAUUCAUUGUCUUGAGUUAACAAAUGGUCUGGGGAUCAAAGGUAAAAGGACGGCAUGUCGUAUUCCAAAGAUGAAGCUGACGGGUUUCCCAUGUACAGUCUGCAGACACAGGACGACGCCACGGUUUAUAAUAGAUCGGAUAUUCCUUGCAAUCCGGAGGCUGACGUGAAUAAUUCUCCUCUUCGGAAAAACGGUGCACCCAUUGCCUACACCGAGACGCUCAAAAGUAAUUCGUCGACCCGCUUUUACCGACCAUACUUGACCAAGACUAGCGUGCAGGGAGAUGUGUACAACUUCUUAGAAAGACCCAGCGGUUGGAAAUGCUUUUUAUAUCAUUUCUCUGUAUUCUUGAUGGUGUUGAUUUGUUUGAUCUUCAGUGUGCUAUCUACUAUAGAUUAUUAUGCUGAUUUUGCCACAGGAUCUCUUUUUUGGAUGGAAAUUGUAUUAGUGGUAUUUUUUGGAGCUGAAUAUAUCGUCCGGCUAUGGUCUGCAGGCUGCAGGAGUAAAUAUGUUGGUGUUAAAGGAAGGAUUCGGUUUGCCAGAAAACCCAUUUCAAUAAUAGAUCUGAUUGUAGUGAUUGCAUCCAUCAUAGUUCUCAGCGUUGGAUCAAAUGGCCAAGUGUUUGCGACUUCUGCUAUCAGGGGUAUUCGUUUCCUUCAGAUCUUAAGGAUGCUGCAUGUGGACCGGCAAGGUGGUACUUGGAGACUUUUGGGAUCUGUCGUAUUCAUUCAUCGGCAGGAGCUCAUAACAACACUAUACAUAGGCUUUUUGGGUCUGAUUUUUUCUUCCUAUUUCGUGUAUCUGGCUGAAAAGGAUGCAGUUGAUGAGAAAGGGAUGACUGGAUUUGGAAGUUAUGCUGAUGCUUUAUGGUGGGGUGUGGUAACAGUGACAACAAUUGGAUAUGGCGACAAAGUUCCACAGACAUGGAUUGGAAAAACAAUAGCUUCCUGUUUCUCCGUCUUUGCAAUAUCUUUCUUUGCACUUCCAGCAGGCAUACUGGGAUCUGGAUUUGCUCUUAAAGUUCAGCAGAAACAACGUCAAAAACAUUUCAGUCGACAGAUACCCGCUGCAGCCUCUCUCAUUCAGACCUUAUGGAGAUGUUAUGCUGCAGAGAAGACCCACAGCUCUACUGCUACAUGGAAGAUAUAUGUAAUGCCUCCUGAUCGUAGUUCCAAAAUGUCAGCAGCAGCAGCCAGUCCACAAAUGAGAAAACAGCUCAAAAAAUAUAAAAGAAAAUGCAAAACAGGACAAGAUAACGAGGCAGCACUUGCGGUGAAUACUGGAGAACAUGCCCUUUCAGUACCACGGAUAACCUAUGACCAUAUUGAUGAAAAGGAAGAUAAGAAAGAUGUCACCUUUUUUAUUGAUGAGACAUCAGGUCUUACAAGGAUGUUUAGACAAUCUGAUCGACAGUUUUCCUGGUCCUCCUUCACCAUCUGUACCUCAAGCUGUCCCUCAUCACCAGUGAGAAAACGUGCCAUUGAAGGAAAUCCAAAUGAUAUUUCACGGACCAGCAGUUUUACUGAUGGAAUGGACUUGAUGGCUGAAGAAUCAACACUGCCGGUGGUGACAGAUGUAUUACAAUUAACAGAAGCACAUAGGGCUGCUGUAAAAGUUAUUCGACGUAUGCAGUAUUUUGUUGCCCGGAGAAAAUUUCAGCAAGCACGAAAACCGUAUGAUGUACGAGAUGUUAUUGAACAAUAUUCCCAGGGACAUCUGAAUAUGAUGGUCCGGAUCAAAGAACUACAACGAAGGUUGGAUCACUCUCUGGGAAAACCUGCAUUUUUUCUUUCAGAAAAGGGACUAGACAAAGGAUACUACACUGCAGGAGCCAGACUGAUUCGUCUGGAAGAUAAGAUCACAAAGAUAGACCAGAAAUUAGAUGACAUCCUGAUUAUGCUAAAAGACCAGCUUGCCAUACAACACCUGCCAUACUCCUCAGGUUCUACAUCGUCAACUAUCAAAUACACUCUCUCCACUUCAGAGACACGUGGAAUGAAUUCCGAAGCCUGAGGUUGCAUGGGCAGUGUUUGCAAUACAAUGUGCCAGAUGGCCUCCUUCUGUGACACAAGAGAUUCUGCAGAUGCUUGAAAUCUUGAGUAACGUACUCAGAAUGCAGGACGACUCAGCAGAUCAAGCAGCUUCUGAGGCUCCAUCGAUCAGAGCUAACCAUGGAUGUGUGUCCUAGCUCUCUAGAUAUGCAAACCAGGACAGUACAAUAUGAAGAGCAAGCCCAUGUAUUAAGCUCCUGCUCUCCAUGCAUCUGAUGAACCCAGAGGAACAGCAGAGACCGUUUGGCACCAGCAGCAUCACAGUAGUUGCCAACUCAACGUAGUACUGCCUUAGGGAUUCCAGAUCCAUUUUUUUCCUUUGGGGUUUACUCCUGAUUUCCCCAUGGGUGGAUAAGGCAGCAGAUGGUUGAGAUCAGAAUUUUCUUUCUCCUUGAAAAGUUGUAAACUGCGGCUGAAAAACUCCAUCUGCCCAAAGCAACUAGUUUUAAGGUGCUAGUGACCUGUCUUUGCCCUUUUUCCUAUCAGUAGAAACACUUCUGCCAAGCUUAGUAGCUAAGCCACACGUGAAGGCCAGGAGCUGGAGAUGGUUGUCAGAGGUGCACAUCAUUAGGAGCACUGCCUAAUAUGUAGUGGGAGCUUGUUCCCAUUACCAUUCCUUGCUAUAAUUACCUUAAGGAACUAAGCAUUAAAAGAGCAUGGAGGAAAAUAAACAGUCAAGCAGCAUCUAUGGAGAGGAAUAAACAUUCAAUGAUUUAGGUCAAGACCCCUCAACAGGACUGGAAUGAAAAGGGGAGUGGCCAGAGUAAAAAGGUGGAGGAAUAUAAGCUGACAGGUGAUAGGUGAGUCCAGGUGAAUGGGAAGGUAUGUAGGCAGGAGAAGGGGGAAUGAUGUAAGAAGAUGGGAGAUGGAAAAGGUAAAGGACUGAAGAAAGAAGAAUCUUAUAGGAGAAGACGGUAGACCAUGGAAUAAAGAGUAUGGGUGAGGAACCAGUGGAAGGUUAUAGGCAGGUCAUGGGGGGUGGAGGGGAAGAGAAAGGGUGAGAGGGCCACUAGAAUAAGGGAAAACAAAGGGAAACAAAGUGGAGGGGAGAGGAGUGGAGGAAACAAAUAUGAGAGCUUACCAUAAGUUAUCUAAAUUGAUGUUUAUGCUAUCAGGUUGCAGACUACCAAGGCAACACCGCAUAUUCCAUCUUGGUAACUUGCAUAAGCAUUAAUUUCUCUAACGCUUGACAUAAAGAAUGAUUCCCCUAACUUUUGGUAACCACUCCCCUAUGUUUCCUUCCACACCUUGCUUUCCUCACUCUGAUGGCUCUGUCAACCCCUCUCUUCCCCUUCCCCACCCUCGUGAUCUACUCAUCAUCUCCGUUUAGUUCACCACCUCCUUUCUUUUAUUCCAUGCCGUACUGUGCUCUCCUAUCAGAUUCCUUCUUUUUUUGUUCAUUAACUCUGCCACAUAUCACUUCCCACCUCCCAACUUCUUCCUCCCCCUCCAGCCACCUUUUUUGCUCUGGCUUCUGCCCCUUUCAUUUUCAGUCCUGAUGAAGGGUCCAAAAUGACACCUGUUUAUUUCCCUCCAUAGAGGCUGCCUGACCUGCUGAGUUUCUUAAGCAUUUUCCAUGUGUUGGUCUACUUCAGUAAUGGAUCUCACAGCAAUCUCAUCACUCUCACAUUUCUCCGUAAACGUGCCCUUUUUCUUGUCCAUUAACUUCCCAGAUUCUCCUUCCACUCAUCUAUGUAGGAAGCAAUUUACGGUAGUCAAUUUACCAACUAAACAAUGCAUCUCUGGUAGAUGAGAAGAAACUGAAGCACCUGAGAAAACCUCAUACAAUCAGAGUGAACAUGCAAAUUCAACACAGAGUACACUGAAGGUCAAGAUUCAACAAGAAUUACCAGAUCUGUGAGGCAACAAUUCUACGUUUGUGCUACCUGCUUAACAGGUAUUAAGGAGAUUCAAGUGAAGCCCAUCCUAAAGCAGCUUAGGAAGUGACUUCACAUUCACCAUUUUGGUAAACAAAUUAACCAUUCUAUUGCUAGUGCUCUGUGAACCAUACUCAAAAUCCACUGCAACUACUGUUACCACUUUAGCAGAACACUUCAAACCCAAGGAACUUUAACACCUAGGAAGCAUAGUGGACACAUGGAAUGCCAUCUCCUCCAAGUCGUACAUUAUCCUCAGAAAUACUGCUUCAAUGACACAGGUCAAAGUGCGAGCAUUGCCUAACUAACGGCACUUAGGGUAGCUUUACAAUAGCUGUAGUUUAAGCAGACAAUCACCACCAACGUUUCAAAUAUGCAAGCUUUGUUAUUAGGACUUGCCAGUAAAUUAUUAAUAGACCUGUAUUCCAUUAAAAAAAUGAGUAUUCCACAAUGUUCAAUGGAAACAAUGUUGUACUGUCUUUAUAUUUUUGUUCUUGGUCCUAGUUCAACUCACAGAAUUAGAGAAAAUCAAAGUAUAAUUGGAGGAAUAAAAGAAAAAGGAAAAUACAAAAAAAUGGAACUUCUGAGAGAGCACAGAGAAUUUCAGUGUAAUAUAGUCAAACACAAAAUGAACAAAAUGUGGUGAAACAAAAGCAUAUUUUGAAAUAUUACAAUUCUAUAAUAUUUUAUCUAUGGUUUAUGAAUGAGAAAUGUUAAUUAUGUAAAUAUUUAUUUUUUUGUUUGCAAAAUUCCCUUGUAGAAUAAAUUCAGAAUUCAUUAUUGUAAUUAAUAGUAUCACACAGAAUUAGCUCUUCCUAAAAUGGGGAAAAGAGAUUAACAAUUAGUUGCACUGUUACAGAAGUUUUGUCAGUAUCAGGAGUUUUCUGUAUACUACAAAGCUACUACAAUAUCAGGAAGUUUAUAGUAUUGAUGUUCCAAUGUAGCAUAUUAGUUGUGUAUAUCAUAUUAAUCUAAUAAAGAUUUUAAAUUACAAAACAGUAAAGAAAGUGUAGGAAAUAGUGACAUACUGGGAACUUAGGAUAUCAC